UCAAAUAAUAGGUCAUUGUCCACUUAAAGGGUAUCUCUUGUAUCUUAUUUGAGGAUUGUUUUGAGCCUGCCUCUAAUCUUUUUGUUACUUGUAAUAUAACCUUAUUUGAUUAGAUUGAGCAUGCCUCUAAUCUUUUUGUUACUUGUAUUCUAACUUCUAGUGUCUAGUAUGGGAUUUUAAGUGGUUGAGUGUCCAGUCGGUUAACCCUGGGGAACUAGGUGUCUUUUUGAGUUUUUUAUUUCUAGUAUGAUCUAAGGCUAAGUUAAGGAGUUUUCUAUGAUUUGGCAUGCCACGUAUGGGAUUAAUUCGUUUGCUCGUAAUGACAAGUUUUUUUCUGAUUCGUCAUCAUAUGUGAAAGAGUGGAGGAUAAGAGUGAUUUCUUUGGUUUGAAAUUGGUUUCUUAGUCGGCCACCAUUAAAUUAUUCUCUUUCUUAGACUGAAUUUAGAAUCUUAUCUUAUAUAUAAACCUUUAGUGGAUAAGAGUACUAACAUGUUCUAGUGGAGCUUCAUGCUUCUAUGUUGCUUGGGGUCCCUUGAUCCGUUGGUGAUGGGGCUGGCAGCUUGAGCUUUAGUUAGAUCUUUUGUUAGUUUGGCCUAUUGUUUUCUCUUGGUUUUGAGGCAAUUUUUAUGCCAUCCAAGUUUGUUUCAGGUUCAAAAACAACAUUUUAAUAUUUUCUGCAAUUUUUUAUUUUAUUUCUCUUUUGAAUUAAAAGACAUCUUUUGAUAUCAUAAAAUUUUGUAAUUUCUAUAUUGGUGGAUUCUAGAGUUUAUCUGACAGGUUUGGCACUUGCAGUCCUGUGUUUUCAUUCUAGGUUUAGCGCUUGCUAAUCCUUUGUGAUUCCGACUACGUUAGGUGGUAUCAGAGCAGAUGGAAAAUUUAACAAAUUAGGUGAACAACGCGAACAAUAACGGGAAUUAGCAAAGAGACGGAGGAGGAGAAAAAGUUAGGAUUUCGCAGGGUGGAAACAAUCACGUGUUAUUGUUUCUGAAAAUUUGAUUUCUGAAGAAGAAGAACCAUAUGAGGAAGAGAUAGUUGAUCAUGGGAAUCAAUAUAACCAUGAUUAUCGAGUGAAGGCUUCUAAUCCAUUAUUCUAUGGAACAAUGGGAGCGAAGGAGUAUUUGGAUUGGCAGAUAAACAUCGACAGGUUCUUCGACAUUAUGGGCGUCCUUGAGAACAAACAAGUUAACAUGGUGUCGAUCAGGCUGAAGAGUAAUGUUGUUGUCUGGUGAGAUAAACUUGUUGUUUAGAGGCAGAGGCAAAUGAAUAGGUCAAUCAGAACUUAGCGAAGAAUGAAAAAGUUGAUGUUGGAGUGGUUUUUAUUGGAGGAUUAUGAACAAAUUCUUUAUAAGAUGUAUAUUGAGUAUGUUCAGGGAAAAGAACUAUGACUGAUUGACUGAAUACACAACUGAGAUCCUGCAUUUUUCUGAGUGCAAUGAAUUGGGAAAAUUAGAGAGCAAGAAAAUGGCUUGAUACAUCAUUGGCAUGAAGAGAUCCUUGCAGGAGAAUAUGGGUUUACAAACUGUAUGCAACGUAGCUGAGGCAUCCAUUCUAGCUUUAAAGUAAGAAUUAAUGGAGAAGUCCCCUCAAAAUUUCUCAUCUUUUAGGUAUUCGCCCAAGAAUUGAGUUCAACAACCAAGGAUUUCAACCCUAAGAAUAAGGGGACUAGUAAGCCUAUUGGUAUGCAACAGGGUAAAGCACCAUUCCAUAGGCAGAAUAAUCCAUAUGCUAAACCCACUAAAGAUAUGUGUUGUCGUUGUAAUGGAAGAGGUCACGGAUCAAAUGUUUAUCUAACAAGGAGAGUCGUUGCUAUUACGGAAGAAAGGAAAAAGGAAGAGGAAAGAGAAGGACAUGCAGUUGAGAACGAUGAAUAUGAAGGGGUUGAGUUUGCGGAGGAAGAAUCUUAUGAGAUGGUAAAUUUUGUGUUGCAAAGAAUUUUACUAGCAUCUAAAGAUGAAGGGCAAUGCAAAAAUUUUGUUUAAAACGCAUUGUUCUAUCAAGAACAAGGUGUUUAAUUUGAAUGUGGAUAGUGGAAUCAUGGAGAAUAUGGAGUCGCAGAAAUUGCUAGAUCACUUGAAAGGGUUCCCAAGUUAGAUUAACACCGGCCUGCAAAGUUAUUAUCUCCAUCGGAAAACAUUAUAGAGAAGAGGUACUUUAUGAUGUUCUUGAUAUGGAUGUUUAUCAUAUUUUACUUGGCAGACCUUGGAAGUUUGAUAUUGAUAUCUCUUAUCGAGGAUGGGAUAUUGUGAUGAUGUUUAUAUGGGGCACAAAUAAAAUAGCUAUGGCUUCUAUUUUGCACUUUGAUAAGAAUUUAGGAGGAAAGAAGUAUAGUUUCUUCACUACUACAAAACGCCAAACAACAACGCCCAAGUCACCACGGUUCUUCCAAACACCGUGGUGACAUCUCAACUCUUAGGCGCUUUUUAAAAUUUUUUAGGAUAUAAUAACGGUUGUUAUGCUCACCGUGGUGAUAAAAUCAAGCUUUCAUGGGUUCGAACUUCAGCGUUCUAAAAUUUUUAUUCCUUUAACGUUAAGGCGCGCCUUUUCUUUUUUAUUUAGUUUUUAAAAAAAAUAGAAGGGAUAUCACUAGGUUGUUUUGUACAACCGUUGUGACACACACACACACACAGAUAUAUAUAUAUAUAUAUAUAUAUAUAUAUAUAUAUAUAUAUAUAUAUAUAUAGAGAGAGAGAGAGAGAGAGAGAGCGAGAGAAACUUAUCACCACGGUUGGUAAUGAAAACCGUUGUGAAAAAUUUACCUAUAUAAGCGAAUAAACUCUCGCUUCUGGUCCUAGUGAUAAAGUAGUAUCUGACUUGAGCCUCUUCUUAGGAACAUUGGCUAGGAACUCAACAUUUUGUCCUCUGCGUUACACCAAUUGGUCAAAAAUUCCAGAUGAUAAUAAAAACCGUUUCUGGAGAUAUAAUAAUCGGAAGUUUAUCUUGUCGGUUGAAGCACGAGAUUGGGUUGAGACCACUGUUAGAGAUGCAUGGAGAAGAUAUAAGCACGCUAUUAAGAAGAAACAUUUUUUGAAGUAUUCCAACAUGACUGAGAGACUCAAAAAUCGUCCGCCAAAGAUGCCCAUUGCUCAAUUUAAGAGUCUUUGUGAUUAUUGGAGUAAGGAAGCUAUAAAAGCAAUCAGUGACAAUAACACUAGAAAUAGAGCUCAACUAAAAUGGAUGCAUCGAAUGGGUCCCAAAAACUUUGCUUUGACUCGUGAAAAAGUGCGUGAAAAGGAAAAGAGAGAGCCCACUCAAUCAGAAAUGUUUGUUGAAACUCGAAAAGGAAAUAAAGGAAAGGUUAUGGAUGUAGAAACUGAAAAGUAAUUUCCCAACUUCAAGAAAUGGUUGAAAAGGAGAAAAGUGACACAAAAGCGUUUAAAGCUGUUUUUGGAAAGGAGUGUCCUGGCAGGGUACACUGUUAUGGGAGAAACAUAACUAAAACUUCCUUAAAGCGAAAGGCGGAGAUUAAUUCUUUGAAACAAGCACACAGUGAAGAGGUCUCUACAUUAAGGCACGUGUUUCAAGAUCAGAUUGAUAGAUUUCAAAAUGCUUUUAAGACCGUAAUACAACAAUGGAGUCCUCAAAUUAAUAUGGAGUCAAUCGAAGAUUUGUUAGGAUUAUCUCAUAGAGAUGCUAACAGUUCCCCAAAGGAUAUGACACAAAAAUUGCAUUCCUCUACAUCAACUCAUGCUACAUGUCAUAGAAAGCAAGGUAUCAAUGAAGAUGUUGAAAAUGACGAUAUCAAUGAUGAAAUUCAAGAGGACGGCAUAGAUAAUGAAAUUCAAGAGGACGACAUAGAUGAUGGAUUUCAAGAGGACGUUGUAGGUGAUGAAUUUCAACAGGACGACAUAGAUCUAGAUGAUGAAUUUCAAGAGGAUGAAAUUGAUCUAGAUGAUGAAUUUCUAGAGGACGAUAUAGAUGGUGAAUUUCAAGAGGAAGACGUAGAUGAAGAAUUUCUGAAAGACGACAUGUGUGAUGAAUUUCAAAAGGACGAUGUGGAUGAUGAAUUCCAAGAAGACAAACUUGAAUGAGUUGGAUGAGGUCUUUUUUUCUUCUUGUAGUUGAAAGCAUUAAACUUGAACUUGUUUUUUGUUGUUUUGUUGAAUUAUGUUUUUUCUUAUUUUGCUAGGUUCAUACUUCAAAGUAUUAAACUUAUUAUUAUAAGUAUUGUUACGUUAGGAAUUUCAUGUAUUGGCUACUAUCUUGAAUUAAUGUUUGAAUUAGAUUUUAUUAUAAUUUAUCUUUUGUUGAUGUAUGGUUAAA